AUGCUCGACCACUGUUCAAUUUCGCACAAAGGCGGUGUCGUGCUGUGGUCUCGCUCCUUCACUCCAGCUACUUCUCAGCUGGCCUCGUCCUCCGCGUCCCCCGUCAACUCACUCAUCCGUGAGGCUCUUAUCGAGGGACGCACAGCGGGAGAGAAGUACGAGAAGGAUGGUUAUGCAGUGAAGUGGACCUUCGUCAACGACCUCGAGCUUAUCUUCGUGGUCGCGUACCAGCGCAUCCUGCAGCUCACCUACGUGGACGAUCUUCUCGCCGCCCUCAAGACGCUCUUCGUUAAGCUGUUUGAGCCCUUUCUCACGUCAUUCGUUGCUUCACUCCAUGCUGCGAAUAAUCGGGCGACCGCCGCCGUGAGCGCCGCUUCCGAAGCCACUGCAUGGGACUUCGGAAAGGCUUUUGAGGGUUGGGAUACGAUGUUCGAUAAGUUACUCAGAGGGUUAGAAGAGAAGGCAGCGGAGGGCAGAAAAUCCCGUCUUCGUCCUGUGACGCAUCCUGCGGUCGAACCUCCCAGUCCUCCUUCUGAUGGCACGGAUACAGCUCCUACUCAGUCCUCUGUGGAAACUCUCGAUGAACAGCAGAUUGCUCGGAACGUACAAGCUCUAAAGAACAGGCUGCGCGGCAGAGGUGGGAGACGGGGAGGCAGGGGGGUGACGCGGGUGGACUCCGGGAGUGGGAGGGACAGCUAUCCAGGCUCUGAGUCUGAUACUGCCGGCAAGCGGAAGCCGAAGGGCAAAAUCCAGAGAAAGUGGGGGACCGAGGCACCCACUGAGUCAGAUAUGGCGUCGUUGGAUUUCAGCUCUGACAAACCGACCGAAGCAGAGUCGCAUGCCGGUUCGCUAGAUCUGCAGGCGCUCGUUGAUCAAGGGUCCUUGGGCACGCGUACGAAUGGUCUAUACGAAGUCAAGGACUGGGAGUUCGACAAGAAAGCUAGCGAUGCGCAAGACGCCGUAUCUCAGGUUUUGAAUACGAACAAGUCGCCGUCCAAGUCUCAGCCCCCUAGCUCCCUUGGGGCUCUAGGUUCCAUAUUUGCCAGGCUCACAGGAGCAAAGACUCUUACAGAAGAGGAUCUUAAGCCUGUCUUAGAAGGCAUGAAACAGCAUCUGAUGAAGAAGAAUGUAGCGAAAGAGAUCGCGGACAAGGUUUGUGAAGGCGUGGGCGAGAGUCUGGUCGGUAAGAAGGUUGGAGGCUUCCAAACAACCAACAACGCUGUUCGUCAGGCACUGUCUAACUCGAUAACUCGCAUCUUGACGCCGAAAACUUCUACGGAUCUUUUACUUUCUAUACGAGGCAAGCUAUCAUCCCCGUUGCCAUCGACCCAACAGCGGCUGCCAUAUAGCAUUACAUUUGUCGGUGUCAACGGCGUAGGCAAGAGCACUAAUUUGUCGAAAGUCUGCUUUUGGCUCAUCCAAAAUGGGCUGAGAGUCUUAAUCGCCGCGUGCGAUACUUUCCGGAGCGGUGCCGUGGAGCAGCUGCGGGUUCACGUCAGAAAUUUGAGCAUGCUGGGAAUAAACGGAGCUACCGAUAGUAAGGGGAGGGUUGAAUUGUAUGAGAGGGGUUAUGGCAAAGACGCUGCUGGAAUUGCCAAGGAGGCCAUCACGUACGCGAGAGACAAUGACUUUGAUGUCGUACUCAUUGACACCGCUGGGAGAAUGCAAGACAAUGAGCCUUUGAUGCGUGCGCUAGCCAAACUCGUCGCAGUCAACAACCCUGACAAGAUCAUUUUCGUGGGCGAAGCACUCGUGGGCAACGAGGCCGUCGACCAAUUAACAAAAUUCGAUCGUGCGUUGCGUGAUUUCUCGUCGGCAUCUGGGGGUGCGGGGAAGGGACGUGGGAUCGACGGGAUGGUGGUGACUAAAUGGGACACCGUCGAUGAUAAGGUUGGCGCUGCUUUGUCGAUGACCUAUGUUACAGGUCAACCGAUCAUAUUCGUGGGCACUGGUCAGACGUAUACCGAUCUUCGCCAGCUGCGCGUAGGGAACGUAGUACAGGCUAUUCUGAGCGAUUGAGCUAUGAUUAUGAGGCUUUGUACACGGUUUUCCAUAUGCAUGUACCCUCGGAUGUAUUUCUGACUAGCACUGUAUGUAUUUAGCGACCGUUCUUUUUACCCACACACAGCGCUGGCGUGCUUCCCAG